AAAAUGGACAUCCGCGUCGCCUGCAUCGUCCUCCUCAUGGCCGCCCUGGUCGCCGGCCACGGCAAGGGUUACGUUGUCAAGAAGGUGGUGAAGGCCGCCCCCCAGUACGAGCCUUACCACGUCAAGAGCCAGGUGGUGGCAGGUGAGCCUGGUAUUCCAGGUGAGCCUGGUCCCAUGGGCCCCCCUGGCCCCCCUGGCCCCGAAGGUAAGAGUGGUGUCGGCUACCCUGGACCCCACGGACCUCCCGGACCUCCCGGAGCUCCUGGUCGUUCCAUCACUGGCAAAUCUGGAACCCCCGGCGGACCUGGCAAACCCGGUAUUCCCGGAGCACCUGGUGAGAAAGGACACACCGGUGCCACCGGAGCCCAAGGACCCAGGGGCGCUCCCGGUUCUCCUGGAACCCCUGGACCUGCUGGCCUCUCCUCCACUGGCAAACCCGGACCUUCUGGUCUUCCUGGAGCAAUGGGCCCAAGAGGAGAGCCUGGUCUGAAAGGACAUCCCGGUGUCCCUGGCCUGCCAGGUCCCAAGGGUGAAAGAGGUAUCGGAAUCCAAGGACCCCAGGGUGCCACAGGCCCUAUGGGACCAAUGGGACCUACUGGAGCUCCAGGUCAGUCUGCAGUUGGCAAGCCAGGAAAGUCAGGUAUGCCCGGUGAGCCAGGAAAGUCAGGAAGCCCCGGUAGAGAUGGCGCCCCUGGCGCCAUGGGACCAAUGGGACCCAAGGGACACACUGGUGCCCCCGGUGUAGGUAUUGCUGGCAAACCCGGUGACAAUGGUGCCCCAGGUCUGCCUGGUGCAGUUGGACCAAAAGGCCACCAGGGACCCGCUGGCGCCCCAGGUGCCCCAGGAACCCCAGGAUACGGAAAGCCAGGUGCUAAUGGAGAGAAGGGAGAGAGAGGAUUUACUGGCAGCCCAGGUGCUACUGGUCCCAAGGGCGAGCAAGGUCCUACCGGAUACACCGGUGCCACUGGUGCAACUGGAGCUACUGGCCCUAUGGGCCCAGCAGGCGUGAGAGGUUUCCCAGGUGAGACUGGCGCUACCGGCCCCAAAGGUGACACCGGUGCCACUGGCGCUCCAGGCCCCAAGGGCAACAAGGGAGACGUAGGACCCCAGGGAUUCCAAGGCAAGCAGGGUUACCCUGGCCCAGCUGGUCCCGCUGGAGCAAGAGGAGCCACUGGAGCCACCGGUGAGAAGGGUCAUGGUGGUGCCCCUGGUAUCACAGGUGCCCCAGGUAUUCCCGGCCCUGCUGGACCCAAAGGUCUCCCCGGCCGUGCUGGAGAGCCUGGUGCUGUUGGUGCUACUGGAGCCACUGGUUCCCGUGGUCCUUCUGGACCUCAGGGUCCCGCUGGUGCUCCUGGCCACAAGGGACACCCAGGUCUCCCUGGAGCUCCCGGCCCCGCUGGCGUGACCGCUAAAGGUGUUCCCGGACCCCAGGGUCCCCCCGGACUGCCUGGUGAGAGUGGUGCCGAUGGAGAGCCCGGUCCCGUUGGUCCUCCCGGACCCCCAGGACCUCCCGGUGAGGUGGUCUUUGAGAAGGGCAUGGGAAUGGGAAUGACCGAGGUGAUGGUCAAGGCACCCAUGUCUGCUUUCACAGCAGCUCUGACCACUCCCUACCCAGCCUCUGGCAGCCCCAUCAAGUUCGACCACAUUGUGUACAACGCCGAGAGCCAUUAUGACCCCGAAUCCGGCAUCUUCACAUGCCAGGUCCCCGGAGUUUAUUACUUCUCCUACAGCAUCCAUGUCAAUGGCGCCCACGCCCUGGUGGCCCUCUACAAGAACGACCAGCCCGUCAUGUUCUCCUACGAUGAGUACAACAAGGGCUUCCUUGACCAGAUGUCUGGUAGCGCCGUGCUUCUGCUGAACGAGCAAGACACCGUGUACGUGCAGAUCCCUGAUGAGGAGGCCAACGGAGUCUUCGCUGCCGAGAACGUGCACUGCUCUUUCUCUGGCUUCCUGAUCGCCUCGACGUGA